CUCGCACGCGGAAUAAAGAGCGAGGGCGUGUUCGCACCUCCUUUCAGCUGCAGCAACAUGAAGGGCUGUUUCUCUUCACCAGAAACAAAGCAGAGCAGAACAUCUUCACGGGUUGUUGUCAAGAAGAGGGCGAUAAACGACCACAAAAUUGUCUCCCAAAGACAACCAGUACCAGCUUUGUCGAAGCCUCUGUGAACCCGUAUCCCGAAACGGAUCCCUUCGAUACCGAGGACGGCCUCGACGCCCGCCGUGAGGAGGAGGAGGACGCCGAAAUGGAUGCGCAGGACGACCACGAAACGAACGCGGACGAGGAGUUCACCGACGAGGAACUAGACCGCGCGGCACAACAAGCAAAAGAAGACGCAGCAAAGCAGGCCGAAAACCUGAAGAAAUCGGGUACAUCUUCGAAGGAGAAGUCUCUGCUGGCGAAAUUGUUCGGAUUCGGUGGAGGUGGCUCGUCGGGGGAUGACGUUGGAGGGAAUGACGAAAUUGAUGAAGCCGCAAGUACUUCUAGAAACGCUGUCAAGAAAAAGGCAGUGCUGCGGCCGAUGAAGAAGUUUGACUCCUAUUGGGUGGUGGAGUCGAGGAUGCGAAAUCAAGAUUUGAUGGCCC